AUGGCGGAUGUAGGCGAAUAUUGUGGUACUUGGAGGAUUGUUAAGUGUAUUGCCUUGUCCUGGGAAGUGGAAUCAACUGGUAUUGAAGGGACUGAAUUUACCCUGGAAGAAAGUGGUGAUGUCACCUGGAAUAUUUCUGAAAAUACAGAACCCAUGCCAUUUUUUAAGUGUGAAACUUUUGAAAUGUAUCUAAGUGAUCCUCAUUACAUAAGGUUCUUUGGAACCUUUGUUGAACAUGUUAUAGAAUUUCGUGUUGAUCAACCAAAGGAAGAUACUAUUCGAUUGACUUACGAGGGUUGGUGUAUUUUACAGUGUGAAAGAGUAUCUUCUGCCAAUGCCAAACAUUACCUUCCAUUUUCAUUUUUGUGUGCCUUAGAAGAAGGUUAUUUUUCUGAUCUUAGGAUUAUUGCAAAUAAUGGAAAGGAGUUUAAAGUGCACAAAAUAGUUUUAAAAUUGGGAAAUCCAGAAAUCAAUUGGGAUGCGUCUCCUGGGCCUCUUGAUAAUUUAUCAGAAGAUGUCUUGUUUACCAUCUUGCAUUAUUUGUAUUCUGAAUGUUUACCAUGUGAUCUGAAAGAAGAGACUGCUAGAAAUUGUGUAGCUUUUACCCCUUGUUUACCAGGAUUUGAAUCAUUUCGAAACCUAUGUCAGCUUUUCCUCAAAAAUUCUGCUCUCAAACAACAAAUAAUUUCAUUAGUGACAGAUAUGCAUUCCUGUGCCAAUCUUAUUAUUGACUACUUUAGUGGGAAAAUGAGUGGUCAAGAAUCCCCUUCUAAUGUAGAACCUAAUGGUCCCUUAACUAAUGGUACUACAGAACCUGACAAUCUUAUGGACCCUGCCAAAUUAUGUUAUGUGAUUAGACAAGCUCUGCGAGAAAGUGCAAUUGCUGGAGUAAAAAUGCUUAUUUUAUGUGACCUGUUUUCAAAAAGAAAGAAUGAAUUGUCUCGAGAUGAGAGACAUGAAAUAAUUAAGUACUGCAAAUCUAGAUUGCCAAUUUUUAUGAAUCAGUUGUACAGGUUGUUAGAUGUCAUAAAAAUAUCUUUUAGUAACCUAUCGGCUAUUGAGCGAAUGGAAAUCGCUUCUUAUUUUGUUCCUGAAAUUGAAGACACUUUAGACUCCAUGUUUAAGUUUGUCACAGAAACAAAAUCUGCACUGGAACAAAUCAUCAGUAUUUCUAGCAGCAAUAAUAGUGAUAAAAACUUUUCCUCGUUUGCAGACAGAUGGAAAAAAGGAAGUGUUGGUGAAGCUUUAGGAAAAUCUCUUAAAAAUGCUUUACACAUGAGAGAAUUGAUGAAAUUAAGAAGUUUUCAUGAAAGGGUCACUGUGAGCUUUUUGACCCUCAUGCACAAAAAAGAAAGCUUCAGUGAAAUGAACUUAGUAAAUAAAAAUAGGUCUGUAGCUAAAAAUUUGGAGCAGCUAAUUGAUGAGAUUCCAAUGUUUAUGUUACGGAUUGAAGAACUGAAAUCAGCAUUAGAUGAAAAGCUGACAUGGAAAGAGUGGAAGUAUUUAUUCAAAUUAGGAACAUCAAAAGGGUUAAUAAUGGGUUUAUUUAAUCCCUUACCUGCUGAGGAAAGCAUGCAAAAUUCAAUCUCCAUUGCCAUUACUUGA